AUGGUAGCUUCAAUUUCUGUCAAAUUGGUCGCUGCCGAGUCUCUUUACAAAAGAGACGUCUUCAGAUCGCCAGAUCCUUUCGCAGUCUUGACUAUAGACGGUUACCAAACUAAAUCAACCAGUGCUGCAAAAAAAACUUUGAACCCUUACUGGAAUGAGAUUUUUAAAUUUAACGAUAUUAACGAAAAUUCUAUCCUGACCAUCCAGGUCUUUGAUCAAAAAAAAUUCAAAAAAAAGGAUCAAGGCUUCCUGGGUGUUAUCAACAUCAGACUAGGUGAUGUCUUGGGCCACCUCGAUGACGACUCCUCAAGUAGCAAUAGUUCCAGAGAAGAAACUAUCACUAGAGAUUUGAAGAAAUCAAACGACAACAUGGCCGUCAGUGGGAGAUUGAUCAUAGUAUUAUCAAAAAAUAAUAUAUCUUCUGCUUCCGCUUCCGCUGCAGCUUCUGCUUCUGCAAAUACUAAUGCAAGUUCAAAUGCUCAAAAUUCAUCCUCAACUUCAAAUAACAAUAAUAUCAACGCUCCUACUUCAAAACAUACCCCUCCUGCUAUAGUCACCCCAAAUAGCGCCUCCUCAACCCCUGUAAUCAACAGGUCCGCCUCUCAAACUCCAAGAUCAUCGAAUAAUAACAAUCCACAGGAUUCUUCAAACUCAACUCCAAACAAUUCAUCUUCAGAAACCCGUCAACUGUCCUCUUUUGAAGAUCAAUUCGGUAGAUUACCCCCAGGUUGGGAAAGAAGAACUGAUAAUUUUGGUCGUACUUAUUAUGUAGAUCAUAAUACAAGAACUACCACUUGGAAAAGACCAACUCUAGACCAUGCUGAAAUCGCCUCUGCAAAUACAGAACUAGAGAGAAAACAACAUAGGGGAAGAACCCUCCCUGAUGGUCCUUCUUCAAAUGGCAAUUCAAAUCCUGAUAUUACAGUAAAUUCAAAUUCUCAAACUCCUGCUAUCAAUGGAACUGCAGCUGCAGCUUUCGCCGCUACUGGGGCUACCACUUCAGGCUUAGGUGAAUUACCAUCAGGUUGGGAACAACGUUUUACACCGGAAGGUAGAGCUUAUUUCGUGGAUCACAAUACAAGAACUACUACUUGGGUAGAUCCAAGAAGGCAACAAUAUAUCAGAACUUAUGGUCCUACAAACACCACCAUUCAACAACAACCUGUUUCUCAAUUAGGCCCUCUACCUUCAGGAUGGGAAAUGAGAUUAACUAACACAGCAAGAGUUUACUUCGUCGACCAUAAUACAAAGACUACCACCUGGGAUGAUCCAAGAUUACCUUCUUCAUUAGACCAAAAUGUUCCACAAUAUAAGCGUGACUUCAGACGUAAAGUAAUCUACUUCAGAUCUCAACCUGCUCUAAGAAUCUUACCUGGCCAAUGUCAUAUUAAGGUUCGCAGAAAGAAUAUAUUCGAAGAUUCUUACCAAGAAAUUAUGAGACAAACACCAGAAGAUUUAAAGAAGAGAUUAAUGAUAAAAUUCGAUGGUGAAGAAGGUUUAGAUUAUGGUGGUGUCUCAAGAGAAUUCUUUUUCUUACUGUCACAUGAAAUGUUCAAUCCAUUCUAUUGUCUUUUCGAAUAUUCUGCACAUGAUAAUUACACUAUUCAAAUCAAUCCAAAUUCUGGUAUCAACCCAGAACAUCUAAACUAUUUCAAGUUUAUUGGUAGAGUAGUAGGUUUAGGUAUCUUCCAUAGAAGGUUCUUGGAUGCUUUCUUUGUUGGUGCUUUAUACAAGAUGAUCUUACGGAAAAAAGUUAUUUUACAAGAUAUGGAAGGUGUCGAUGCUGAAGUUAACAACUCUUUGAAAUGGAUGUUGGAAAAUAGUAUAGAAGGUAUCCUAGAUUUAACGUUCAGUGCAGAUGAUGAAAGAUUUGGUGAAUUAGUUACCGUAGAUUUAAAACCUGAUGGAAGAAACAUCGAAGUUACAGACGAAAAUAAGAAGGAAUACGUCGAAUUAUAUACACAAUGGCGUAUUGUUGAUAGAGUACAGGAACAAUUUAAAGCAUUUAUGGACGGUUUCAAUGAAUUGAUCCCUGAAGACUUAAUCACUGUCUUCGAUGAACGUGAAUUGGAAUUGUUAAUUGGUGGUAUUGCUGAAAUUGAUAUUGAAGAUUGGAAGAAACAUACUGAUUAUCGUGGUUACCAAGAAUCUGAUGAAGUUGUACAAUGGUUCUGGAAGUGUGUUGGAGAAUGGGAUAAUGAACAAAGGGCUCGUUUAUUACAAUUCACCACUGGUACUUCUCGUAUUCCUGUUAAUGGUUUCAAAGAUUUACAAGGUUCUGAUGGUCCAAGAAGGUUUACCAUCGAGAAAGCCGGUGAAUCUAUGCAAUUACCAAAGUCGCAUACAUGUUUCAACAGAGUGGAUUUACCUCCAUAUGAUGAUUUCGAAAGUAUGAGACAAAAAAUGACAUUAGCUGUCGAAGAAACUAUAGGUUUCGGUCAAGAAUAG